CGAGAUGCGGCCUGAGGGGCCCGUUCUUCGGCCAGGGCACCACCUCACGGCCUCUGGUGCUGAUCUCCAUCCUGCGCCUUCCACCUCCCUCCUGUCUCCUCCCUCUCCCUGCCUUUUGCUCCAUUUCACGAAGUCAGCGCGUCCCCUCUCUCCCGGAAAUCUACUCCCUCCCUUCCCCUCGCUCCCUCCCCCCACCCCGAAAACCAUGUCAAACCCCUUCCGCGAUGUCUCCGCCUAUGGCGACUCUGGAGAGCAAUACAGCGAUUACAAUGACUCCUCCGCUUAUGGCGGGGGCAACUCCAUGGCCAUGGGCAGCCUUGAAGAACGUGAGCGCCGCCUUGAGGAGCGCGAGCGCGAUCUCCAGCGUCGCGAGAAUCAGCUCGAGUACCGCUCACUCAAGCUUGGCGAGGCUGAGCAGGUGGUCGCUCCAAAGCUCAACCGCCAGCCCAACUGGCCCCCUCGGCCCCUCAAGCCGCUCAUCUACCACAACAUUCAGGUUGACAUCCCGGAGGAUGGCCGAACCCUGGUUAAGCGGGUCUAUUUUUCUUGGAUGCUAACCUGCGCGGUUCUCCUGCUGAAUGUUGUCGGCUGUCUUGCCCGCCUGGCUUCCAACUCCGGCGGUGGCGUUGAUUUCGGUAUCUCUCUCGUUCUUUGUAUCAUUCUGCCGGUUGUCUCCUUCGUCUUUUGGUAUCGCCCCUUCUACAAGGCCGUCCGCAAGAACAAGUCAAUCCUCUACUUCGUCUUCAUCUUCACCUACUCCUUCCACAUCUUGACGGCCAUCAUUCUUGCCAUUGGCAUUCCGAACACCGGCUCAUCUGGCUUUAUUAAUGCUCUCGGCGUCCUGAGCAAGAACCUCGUCGCUUCUAUCAUCAUGCUGAUCGCCGCUGGCUUCUGGGUUUUGCUCUGCCUCUUCCUUGUCUGGCAGAUCAAGGACGUCAUCCUGCACUAUCGCCGGAAGGGCGUCACCAUGGCUCGUGCUGGUCGCGAGGUGGUCGAGUCUGAGGCUGGCCAGGCUGCCAUCGCUUCGGCUGCCAAGUCCGCCGCCGCCUCCCAGGUGUAAAUGGGACAAUCCAGCUCGCUGUGUGGCCAGUCUCUGUUGUUGGAGGCCUACUGGCCUCUCUUCCCCGUCGCUCCUCCGGGCACACGGUGCCUCGGUGGAUGACCGCAUUUCGCUGCCCCCCCCCCCCCCCCCCCUCCC